CACCACCACCACCACCGCCAUCAUCGUCAUCAUCAGCCUAACACGUGGGGUAGAGGGCACAAAAUCCACAGAAGUGCUCAUAUUUUUCCCUAUUUUCCCUAUUUCCCGCCACUUCCUGAGGUCAGGGCGGGGUCAGCGGUCAGCAUGGGGGUCAUACGACGAGUGGUCAAGCCUCGGAACGCCCGAUCCAAGAGAGCCUUAGAGAAGAGGGAACCCAAGAACAUUGAAAACACCAAACAGUGCCUCUAUUUUGUCGGCAAGAAGGCAGCACAGGAGAUGAGACAGUGCCACAAGGACCUCUACAGCCUCAGGAAGCACAACUCUCUCUACAUGGGACGCAAACACACACUUGCUCCAUUCGAAGACAUUUUACCGAUCGAGAGACUUGCCGAGAAGCACGACGCCUCCCUCUUCUGCUAUGUCGCCCGGACCAAGAAACACCCCAACAACAUGGUCAUCGGGCGGAUGUUCAACCACCAUCUUUUGGAUAUGAUCGAACUUGACGUUUCCGACUAUCGCGGACUGGCACAUUUCCGCACCCCAAAGGUCUCGGAGGGCACCAAACCCUGCCUGGCCUUCUCUGGGGUCGCGUUCGAGGAUGACCCGACCCUCGGAGUGCUCAAGAACCUCCUCCUCGACCUCUUUAGGGGCGUGGAGGCAACGGCUGUUCGGCUUCAAGGUUUCGAGAUGUUGCUACAGUUUGUCGCGCUCGAUUCGGCUACGGUGGUGAUGCGAGGAUACAGAAUCCUGCUCAAGAAGUCUGGGGUACGCACUCCCCGGAUAGAGCUGGAGACCAUGGGGCCGGCUCUCACCCUGUCCGUCAAACGCUCCCACCUGGCCUCCGAUGACCUCAUGAAGCGCGCCUGCCGGACCCCCAAGCAACUCAGGGCUAACCGGGUCAAGAACAUUAGCAAGGACGUCUUUGGGUCAAGGCUGGGUCGCGUCCACAUGACCUCCCAGGACCUCGGCGGGCUGCAGACCAGGAAGAUGAAGGCUCUGAAGAAGGGGAAGAAGAAGGAAGAGGAGGAAGAGGGAGGAGGAGGAGGAGGAGGAGGAGGGAUGGAUGUUGAGUGAGAGAGAGAAAAAUAAUAAUAAUAAUAAUAAUAAUAAUAAUAAUAAUAAAGAAAAUGUUGAAGAAGGAAAUAAAGAAAAAUGAAAGAGA